AUGCACAUCGUCUACUUAGACGUCAAAUCCAACAAUAUGCUUCUCGCUGAUUCGGGCCACCUUUUAAUACGCUCAUACUACGCGGCUCGGAAUGCGGCAUUCCUCAAGAAGGCGGACUUCACUGGAACCUCCUUAUUCGUGGUGCAUGAGGUAAAGGAUCAGGUGAAAAUCUUGACAAAUGUGAAUGGCUGGAAACUGGGCAUUCUCGUAGCCACCAUCAAGUAUGGUCCCGCCACCAUAGAUGACUGUCUGUGCACAGGGCGGUUUAUGGCAGGCCGUUAA